GACCGCUACCCGGAGCCGAGAGGACGGACGGAGCCCACGGAGCAGGGCAGGCGACCCCGAGCCCGGCCUCGGAGCCAUGGCCCUGAGCGAGCUGGCGCUGCUCCGCCGGCUGCUGGAGAGCCGCCACUCACGGAAGCUCAUCCUGUUCAUCGUGUUCCUCGCGCUGCUGCUGGACAACAUGCUGCUCACGGUCGUGGUUCCUAUCAUCCCGAGUUACUUGUACAGCAUUAAUCACGAGAAAAAUGCCUCAGAAGUCCAGACCGCCAAGCCAGUGCUCACGGCGUCUACCUCGGGCCGCUUCCAGAACAUCUUCUCUUAUUACGACAACACCACCAUGGUCACCGGGAAUAGCACCGGAGAGCUACAGCGGGGACCACCGCCUGCGGCCAGCACCCAGCACACGGUGACGAACACGUCCGCCGCGCCUUCUGACUGUCCCAGCGAAAACAAAGACCUCCUGAAUGAAAACGUUCAAGUUGGUCUGCUGUUUGCCUCUAAGGCCACCAUCCAGCUCCUCACCAACCCCUUCAUAGGACUGUUGACCAACAGAAUUGGCUACCCAAUUCCAAUGUUUGCGGGAUUCUGCAUCAUGUUCGUGUCCACCAUUAUGUUCGCCUUCUCCAGCAGCUACGCCUUCCUGCUGAUCGCCAGGUCGCUGCAGGGCAUCGGGUCCUCCUGCUCGUCUGUAGCUGGCAUGGGCAUGCUGGCCAGCGUGUACACGGAUGACGAAGAGAGAGGCAACGCCAUGGGCAUCGCCCUGGGAGGCCUGGCCAUGGGGGUCCUAGUGGGCCCCCCCUUCGGGAGCGUGCUCUACGAGUUUGUGGGGAAGACGGCUCCGUUCCUGGUGCUGGCCGCCUUGGUGCUCUUGGAUGGAGCUAUUCAGCUUUUUGUGCUCCAGCCGUCCCGGGUGCAGCCAGAGAGCCAGAAGGGGACGCCGCUGACCACCCUGCUGAAGGACCCCUACAUCCUCAUUGCCGCAGGGUCCAUCUGCUUUGCAAACAUGGGGAUUGCCAUGCUGGAGCCAGCCCUGCCCAUCUGGAUGAUGGAGACCAUGUGUUCCCGCAAGUGGCAGCUGGGCAUUGCUUUCUUGCCGGCUAGUAUCUCUUAUCUCCUUGGAACCAAUAUUUUUGGGAUGCUCGCACACAAAAUGGGGAGGUGGCUAUGUGCUCUUCUGGGAAUGAUAAUUGUUGGAAUCAGCAUUUUAUGUAUUCCUUUCGCAAAAAACAUUUACGGACUCAUAGCUCCUAACUUUGGAGUUGGUUUUGCAAUUGGAAUGGUGGACUCCUCAAUGAUGCCCAUCAUGGGCUACCUGGUAGACCUGCGGCACGUGUCUGUCUACGGGAGCGUGUAUGCCAUUGCGGACGUGGCCUUCUGUAUGGGAUAUGCUAUAGGUCCUUCGGCUGGUGGGGCUAUCGCAAAGGCGAUCGGAUUUCCGUGGCUCAUGACGAUUAUUGGAAUAAUUGAUAUUCUUUUUGCUCCUCUCUGCUUUUUCCUUCGAAGUCCACCUGCCAAGGAAGAAAAAAUGGCUAUUCUCAUGGAUCACAACUGCCCCAUUAAGACAAAGAUGUACACCCAGAAUAACAUCCAGUCAUAUCCGAUAGGUGAGGAUGAAGAAUCUGAAAGUGACUGAGAUCCUCAAAAGUCG